CCCAGAGAAGGACCAGGCCGCUGCUGGGAGGCUGAUGCGCUCCACGGGGAGCUUGGAGGCGGACGAUGCUGCAGCGUGGUGGUCGAAGUUUGUAGCUUUGUGCGCGUGGACGCAGGACCCUGGCUCAUCCUCAGGUGGAUCGUCCACUUCGCCCCAUGGAUCGCGUCCAUGGACGUCUUCAAAGCCGCUGUGGACAACAGCCUGAGUCCCAAGGCGGCGUCGCCGUGGAAGGACGCAGAGGCAGAUGUGUUCCGCUGGCCCGAACCGGACCGUCAUGGCAGCGGCUCCGCGCAGGAUGCGGAACCCGCCGUCUGGACCGCUGUGUUCGACUAUGAAGCCACCGCGGACGAUGAGCUCAGCCUCCGUAAAGGAGACCUGGUGGAGGUCCUUUCCCGGGACUCCCUGGUGUCUGGAGAUGAGGGCUGGUGGACCGGUAUGAUAGCGGACCGAGUUGGUAUUUUCCCAUCUAAUUAUGUCAGCAAACGGUGCAGCGUUAAGGAGGAGAUGGGCCUGCGGGAGACCGAGGAGCACCCGGUUCCUCCUCUGCACCUCCUGGAAAUCAGUUUCUCUGAGCUCACACUGGAGGAAAUCAUCGGGAUCGGCGGGUUUGGAAAAGUUUACCGUGCAGUGUGGCGGAGCACAGAGGUGGCGGUGAAGGCAGCGCGGCGGGAUCCAGAUGAGGAUGUGGCGCAGACUUUAGAGAGCGUGCGACAGGAAGCUAAGCUUUUUGCCAUGCUGAACCAUCCAAACAUCAUCGCUCUGCUGGGCGUGUGCCUCCAGGAGCCUAACCUGUGCCUGAUCAUGGAGUACGCUCGAGGAGGCCCUCUGAACCGGGCCCUUGCCGGAAAACGCAUCCCCCCGUUUACGCUGGUGGAAUGGGCUGUGCAGACCGCCCGAGGCAUGCACUACCUCCACAACCAGGCCAUCGUCCCCAUCAUUCACCGAGACCUUAAGUCCAGCAACAUCCUAAUUCUUGAGAAGGUUGAGAUGGAAGACCUCAGCAACAAGACUCUGAAGAUAACAGACUUUGGCCUUGCUCGGGAGUGGCACCGCACUACCAAGAUGAGCACAGCUGGGACAUAUGCCUGGAUGGCUCCGGAAGUCAUUCGCUCAUCCACAUUCUCCAAGGGUAGCGACAUUUGGAGUUAUGGUGUGCUGUUGUGGGAGCUGCUGACUGGAGAAGUUCCUUUUCGAAGUAUCGAUGGUCUUGCAGUUGCUUAUGGAGUGGCAAUGAACAAACUGGCUUUGCCCAUUCCCUCGACUUGUCCUGAGCCUUUUGCACGUCUUAUGGAAAGCUGUUGGAGCUCAGAUCCUCACUCUCGGCCACAUUUCUCAACUAUUCUGGACCAGCUUACAGCCAUUGAAGAGUCAGGCUUUUUUGAAAUGCCAGCAGAAUCAUUCCAUUCUCUACAGGACGACUGGAGACUGGAGAUCCAGGAAAUGUUUGAUCAGCUUAGAACUAAAGAAAAGGAGCUGCAAUCAUGGGAAGAAGAGUUGAGCCGAGCAGCCCUGCAGCAGAAGUGCCAGGAGGAGGCUUUAAAAAGACGUGAGCAGGAGUUAGCUGAAAGGGAGAUCCACAUCUUGGAACGUGAACUCAACAUUAUCAUUCACCAGCUUUACCAGGAGAAGCCUCAUGUGGAGAGCAGGCAGGGCAAAUUCCGCCGCAAUCGCCUUAAACUGAAGGAUGGAAACAGGAUCAGUCUGCCCUCAGAYUUUCAGCACAAAAUCACAGUGCAGGCAUCUCCCUCGCAUGAUCAUCGAAGUUUACUCAGCAGCGGUUCCAGCCCUCCAUCUAGUCCGCCAAUGCUGCCCAGACUGAGAGCCAUCCAACUCACUCCAGGGGAGGGUUGCAUGGAGAUUGAGAGGAAGGGGUCCAGGAAGAAGGGCCGCUCCCGUGGAUGUGCUGUUUACAGGGAGCACAGCGCCGAUGCCAGUAAGAAGCCGCCCCAUGAGGGCAGCAGACAGAGGUCCUGCAGCGCACCAAACCUUCGCAGGUCCCCAAAACACAGUCCAGCAGUGCCAGGGGUGCCAAGCCUUUUGGAGACAGAAAAUGAAGACUGCUGCUUCACCUCUGAGCCAGGGCCAAGUCCUGCUCCAUCGUACCUUUGUCUCCCCUUCCAGAAGGAGGUCCCUUCAACUUUUGCCCCUGAUGAUGAUGGAGAUGAGUACUGUGUCAGCAACCAGGGGCCUGGAAUACCAUGCAGAAAGAGCCCAGGUGGGGGCCGUCGCUCAGAGCUGGUUCUGCUGGGUUGUGGGGCUCUGCUGGCUGCAGUCGGGUUGGGCUGCAACCUGCUAACGCUGACCCAGCCUGAAGACACUAUCAAACCCCGAUGGGAGGGCUUCUUUCACAGAGCAGGUGGCCCCCCAACUCGCCGAUUGUUCCGACGGGAAAGCCCGCUGAAGUCUUCAGGUCCAUCACUACCCACCGGAGGGUUACCCCCAUCGUAUACGCUUCUGUCUUUAUCCUCCAUGUCUGACUGUAACUCCACCCAUGCACUGCUGCACUCAGACAGCGAGGAGCUGCUGGUGUACCGCCCUGACUCACCCCCAUCCCAGCCCCCUGUUCUACAGGCAGUUCAAGGUCCAAUCAACUCACUGGUCAACACUCAUGUGGAAAGCUUCAAGUGUAAUCCCCGUCAGUCUCUCACACCCACCCAUUUUCCCUGUGCCUCGACAUCCUGUCGUAGCCUCCGUCGAACACCAUCAGAUGGAGCCAUCAGAAGGAACUGUCCCUCUAACAAUCUGGAUCUGCUGCCAGAACAAAAAGCUUUACACAGCACAGGUACAGUACUGACUGCAAGUUUAAUACAGAACAUUGAUAACUAUUUUAUACUUUUUCUUAUUAAAUUUUUUGUGGGUUGGGGUUGUGGCCAUGUAGAACCUGUUAACAUGAUCCAUCCUCACCUGCAAUGUCGGACACCAGAACUCUUCUAGCCAAACUCUUUUGACCCAAGCCUCUUUGCUCUGAUGAACUUUUGUUUUCGGACUUUAUKUUUGGCUUUUUAUGUUUGUUUGUUUGUUUAGAGCGUUUACUUUUAUACAGUAUGAUGCAAAUUAUAUAACUUUACUUAUUUACUAUGUACUCAGUGUUUCCCCUUACAUUAUACAGGCAGGGCCACCCCC